AAAACACAUACAACAACAUAAAAAUAAUUACACAUUACAAGCCGGCAAAAGCGGAAUAUAAUAAAGAAAAGUUUUAUAGUUUAUUUAAAAAAUAUGUAAAGUAUUGCAUUAAGAAUGAUGACCCUAACGGAGUAUAAACAUUACUUUCCCAUAGAUAGUAUACAAAAAGUAUGUGAUUUGUUUGAAGAACAACUACGCAGUGAAAAGGAAGCAGAUUUAGCUUUGUUUUCUAUUAUUGUUGGAGCUGUAGAAAAUAACCUUACAAAUAUAAAGAACAGUGACAAGGAAGUGAAUUUAGUCGCUAAUAAAUUUGUUAAGAUUAAGUUUCCAUCUGUUGAAUACGAAGAAGUUAAGUCCUUACAUGAACGGUUUGUGUCACUGAUGCGUAGCGGCGUCGAUGUUAAACUGUUGAACGGAGUUUAUGCGACAAGGGAUUUGGUGAAACGAGUGGCUGAUGUGGUUUGGAACUCGUUAACUCGAAGUUACUAUAAGGACCGAGCACAUUUGCAGUCUAUAUACAGCUUUUUAACAGGAAAUAAACUUGAUUGUUUUGGUGUAGCCUUUGCAGUUACAGCAGGCUGCCAGGUUCUUGGUAAACAGGAUGUUCAUUUAGCCUUAUCUGAAGAUCAUGCUUGGGUAGUAUUUGGUAAAGAUGGAACAGAGACAGCAGAAGUUACCUGGCAUGGGAAAGGAAAUGAAGACAAGCGUGGUAGAUCAGUUGGAGAUGGUAUAUCGGCUCAAUCCUGGCUGUAUGUGGCUGGCAAGCCUGUAAUAUGCACAAGGAUAAUGGAACUUGCUGCUCUAGUGUCAUCUAUCAACCCAACAUUAACCCCAACAACAGAUGUUCAUGAAAUAGCACAAAUGCAGCAUAGACUCCUGUGGUUACUCUAUGACAAUGGGCACUUAGAAGCAUAUCCAAUGGCACUGGGCAAUCUUGGAGAUCUGGAUGAAUAUAUGAGAAUAGCAAAUUGUUCAGCAGAUGCUGAGGGGAAACUGCCUGUACCUGCUGACAAUGGUCUUUUAAGAGCAGAUGGGUCGGUAAGGCCAGACUCAGCCUCUCUCUAUGCUCAGGCAAUACGAUCCUCCAGAAUACAUUAUGAAGAUCGGCAUGUUUAUCCAUACACCUUUCAAGGAGGUUUCUAUCAUCGUCAUAAAAUGUAUAAAGAAGCCUUUCAUGCUUGGGCCUGUGCAGGAGAUGUUAUUCGACACUAUAAUUACUCACGAGAUGAUGAGGAAAUAUAUAAAGAGUUUUCUGAAAUAGCAAAUGAAUUGAUACCACAGCUAAUGAAAGCAGAAAGUUCAGGACAUUCUGCCAGAUCUAUUCUAAAGGAUCCUGAGUGUUUUGCAUCUUUGUUAAGAUUUUACGAUGGAAUCUGCAAAUGGGAAGAAGGUAGUCAAACUCCAAUACUUCACAUUGGUUGGGCUAAACCUCUAGUAAGUACAAUAUCUAAAUUUGAUGCAGAAGUUAGGGCGCAGGUGCAUAUUAUAUGUAAAACUGAUUCUGAUGAGCAUUCCGAACCAUCGGAAAAUGCCGAAAACUCUGAAGGAGGUGAAAAUGAUAAAUGGAAUAACAACUCUGAAAAUGCAGAGUUAAGUGUACGUGAACAGUUGACUGCCGCCGUAAACAGUCGGCCUCGUGUCACACUAUACAGCCACAAGAUGGCAGCACUUCGACCGCUUCUCCUUGCCGAAAGAUUGAAUACUCACGCUCUUCAGCUACAGCUGACUGCACAGAGCCAGCUACAACGCCCACAGGCACCUGCAAAAAAAAGAGAUUUCGAUGACACUACUAACCCUUCGCUUCCAACGGCGCGCGCCAAACGAGCUCGUCGCGAACGUUAGAUUAUUAGAAUUAAUUUGAAACCGAUUACGCUUCUUUAGCAGACUAGUAAGUACCAAUGUUGGUGAUGUAUACAAAGUAUUUUAUGUAGUUUAUGGUUUCCUAUUAGAUUGUUAAUGUUGGUAUGUUACGUAUGAGUAAUAUCAUGUAUUUUUAGAGUCCACUUUAAUAUUAUAUACAGUAUAAGGAAACCGAUAAAAAUCAUAGUUAACAUUAUAUUAGCUUAUUGUAAGAAAUCGGUUUAAAUAGUAUUCUUGCAUUGAUAUAUAAAAACCCAUGAUGUACGUUUAAUGUUUUAAAAAACAUUCUCUCAAAAUAACCAUAUCUAUUAAAAUAUCUAAGUCUCACGUCGUAAGAGAAAUAAAUGCCGUCUGCAAAAAUGAUGAAAAAUAAUUGUUAGAGUCAUAUCCGUGCUAUGACUGGCGACGUGUAGCUGCAUAAACAGGUGGUAAUUUUUCUCUUGUUUGGGAAUCUAAAUCUAGGGUUUUUAUAUAAAAAGAUAUACUUGCAAUAAUAAUGUUUUCUGUGAGGUAUUUUAUAAGUGUAUGAACGCUAGGCGUACUUACUUAUGUCUUCUCCCACGUGCCCCACAGCCCCACCGACAUAGUGUCGUGUCUUAUUAUAUUAGUAUUUUGUAUUCGCUGUGGAUGUUUAUCGCGCUCUUUUUAGGAAAUAUACUCUAGAUUUUUCGUGCCUUGAUUAAUUUAAAUACUCAGACUUUCAAUGCAUUUAUUUAUGUCAAUAUAAUGUACCUGAUUGACUCCUACUAUUCCCUAACAAACUCACUCGCUUCCCGCGCCAGAAAAUCGGCAGGUUUUUUUCUCAUAGUGCAUCCUUGUCAUUGCAUCCUCCGCUGCAUUGCACAGGUACUGCAUAUCUUUUCUGAACAUGUGCAAUAUGAAGCACGACAUCAAUCAGACUUUAUGCUUCCCUCGUUUCUGAAAUAUAAUUAAGAUCUGGAAAAAAUAUUUUUUGUUUGUGAACGAAAUAAACCUGUUGCUACUAUAUCUUUCUAAACCUGAUGACCCGUUGGAUCUUAAUGGUCUACAUUCCUCAUCUCCAGCCGGCGUAGUAUUGUGCCUUUUAGUACUUUAAUUGUUUUAUGCGCUAUGAACAUUGACGCGCACCAUAGUAAAUAAUAUAAUGUUGUGAAUAAGGAAACUAGUGUGAUUAAGUAUCCUUAUUAAGUUGUUUAUAUAAUAUUUUGAGCUAUGACUAGGUCUACUGAUAGUUUCUUUAAUAUAGAAAGUGUACAAUCAUCACUAAAAAUAAUACUACCAACUAUAGCAUUGUCCGCAUAUAUUUAUUUAUAUUUAUGUAGCUACCAAAAAGGGUCGUGAUCCCCGCCACUUCUAAGGCCCCAAUUCUGCUAUUUACAAUGGCCGGAAUGAAUGGAAAUUGGAUAAGAUUGCACUAUUCGUAUUGGUAUAAGCAAUUUUCUAACACAAUUUCAACUAAGAAUUGAAUCAAUAAGAAUAAUUAGAUUUUCAUGAAUUUCCAUCAUGAAUGAUAUUCAUGAAAAUCUAAUUAUUGUGUUGGCAAAAUGUAUGAGAGUAUAGGAAUAGUUUCAAAUUAAAUCCAAUUACCGUUUAUUCACCAGCCAUUGUAAAAAGCAGAAUUGGGGCCCUAGUCGCCAUAUUGAUGACGUAAUUUGACAGCAUAUCACAAUGCAAGCCGUUUGUUAGUGCUGCUUUUUAUGUCAUUUUCCCUUAGUGAGGCAAGUUUUCUAUCUUAGCAGUUUGUUGGGAUUAUAGACUCUUAGGAGCCCUCUUCUGAAGUUAUAAAAUACUCACCGGACGCUUGACAAAUAAUAUUUUUUGUAAUGACACGGAAAAUGUCUUGAAGAUUAAUAAUAAUAGAAAAUAGAAUUCAAGAUACAGAUUACUGUGUCCCAAGAUCUGGUUUUACAUUAUUUAUUUAUUGUUGUAUUUAACACUAUUUAAAUUUUAGUAUCAUUUAGGUCCUAAUUCCGCUAUUAACAAUGGCCGACGAAUGAAUGGAAUUUGGAUUAAAUUUGUCACUAUUCUUAGGUACUCUUUCUAAUUAUUGUGUUGGCGAAAAGCUUUCAAGAAUACGAAUAGUGUCAUUUUAAACUUAUUUUCAUUCAUUCAUCACCAAUUGUAAAUAGCGGAAUUGAGGCCUUGAACUGAUCAACGUGAUAAUUUUAUAAGAUUUAAAAUAAUUUUGAAUUAAAAAAUAAUUGUAGAAAGUAUUUCAGAACUUUCAUCGUUUCCCAAGUCGCAAACUUUUUUAAAGAUAAACCUUUUGGCUUUUCUACAGUCUGGUAAAACAAACUUGCAUAAAAUCAUUUUUUUAUUAUUAUUAUGAAUGACUAGGUAAUGUAAGUGAAUAGGUAUCUAAGUACUUAUCAAUAAUUUAAAUUCUCUUAAAGUAUUUACAAUAAGAUGUUUGUAAAGUAUUUAAACAGUCUUUUGUCAUACUAGGUAGGAUCGUCACUGCGUGACGAAAAAUGUAGAGGUAAAUAUUUACACGUUUUACUUUUAUUAUUGUUAAAAUUGUCAUGGUACAAAUAUUAAUGUGAGAUAUUUUUAAAAUUGGCAAUUAUGCAUAUUUAAUAUAAAAUGAUUAUUAUAUAAGGAUGGCACUUUUUUAAUACACAUUCUAGACGCGAUGGUGUGUUCCCAGAAACAGACAUUCCUUGUUGACACAAAAUUUGUAACUUUACGGUGAAAAAGGUUAAGUUGCCUAUUUGAUCGAAAAUCAUAAAAAGGGAAUGUUGAAACACAGUAAGCUUAAUUAGAAUAGAUAAUAUUUAAAUAUUAGUAUCUACUAUUUGUAUUGGGUUUUACUACUACUUAAAGAUCAUAAAUAAAUUAGAGUACCUACGACUAUGUAGGUGUGUACUUACAAUUAAACUAAAUAUAGGUAUUUGACUCAUUGAACAAAAAAACAGUAGAACCUAGUCAGCUAUGAACAAUCGGUUGUAAACUCUUCUUGUUUAUAUAAAUGUGCCACGCAAAUAUUGUUUAUUUUUAGAUUAUUGAUUGUCAUAAUUAUGAAAUAAGAGGAACUGCAUAUGUUGCUAAUGUAUUAUUUGUUUAAUGGCGCAAACCCACCGUGGCGUCGCUAAGCUCGCGCUCACAUGUCGUUAUAACCUUGACGAGGAUGAGUCACUAAGUUUAUUCGAUUUUCAUUAAGUGGUUGUUGUGUCAUCAUUUGUGAGGCUUUUUUUUUGUGAUUUAUAGUAUAAUUAUGAAAUACGGAUGAAUCCCCAACGAUUGACAUGAAACAAACAUUGAGUGUAGGUUAACUCAGUACAUCAAAAAAGGAAAGGAUGACGCACACGACGGGCAUCGUCACAGCAAGUCACUUUAUUCUCAAGUGCGUUUCUGGAUCCAAUACACUGAAGUUGCUGAAUAUUCAUUAUUUGGCCAAAUAUAAAUUAUUUAUUUUCUUAAUCAUGACUGAUCCUUAUUGAUGGAAUAUAGGUAUAGUAGAAAUAAGAUAUUAAUUAUGUUUUCCCCAAAGCGAUUUAACACGCGCGUACUUAGUUCUAGCGCCGCUGUGGGUUCGCACCUUUACCGAAAGUAAUAUUUUUUUUUUGUUAUAGGCCUUAUUUCGCCGCUAUGUAUAGACAAGAGUUUACCCCUUCACAAUCAUAUUUCCUGUUGUAAAGUUGAUAAAGCAAACCUACACUGACUGUAACUCA